UCUAGUUUCCAAAUAAGGAAAUGUUACUCUAUUAAGGCACUACGUAUCUCAUUAGUUCAUUGACCACUAUUGGAUAUAUAGUAACUACAGUACUAUCGUAGCGUCAUAAUUUGUUACUAUCGGUGAAUCUUCACAAAAACACACAAGGAGAACUUUUGGGAUUACCUAAAGCAUUUAGGACAGGUGUUUUACAGGCGCCAUGGCUCAUAGGCCCCAUGCCUAUGGAUUGACUGGGGAAGUUCAGAGAAAGAUCAAAGGAAAGUACAGCGAAGAAUUGGAACAAGGCGCCCGAUUAUGGAUCGAAGCAGUGUUAGGGAUUGAAUUGGUUCCAGAAGCGGAUCAAAACACACCUUUAGGGGAGCGGGCAUUCCAGGAGGCUCUAAGAAAUGGUGUUAUUUUGUGCAAAUUAAUGAAUACAAUAAAACCAGGUUCAAUAAGGAAAAUUAAUGAAAGCACUAUGGCUUUUAAAAUGAUGGAGAACAUAGAAAAUUUUCUAAAGGCAGCAGAGGCUUAUGGAUGUAAAAAGAUAGAUCUCUUCCAAGUAGUAGAUUUGUACGAACGACAAAAUAUGACACAAGUUGUGAAUGGAGUAUAUGCCUUAGGAAGACUUACUCAGAAGAAUGGAUUUCAGGGACCUGCGUUAGGUCCCAAGGAGGCCGAUUAUAAUCCUAGAAAUUUUGAUGAAGAGACAAUGAAGGCAGGACAAACUGUGAUAGGGUUACAGGCGGGGUCAAAUCGGGGGGCCUCACAGAGUGGGAUCAACUUUGGCAAAACAAGAUCUAUCCUCGACUGACAGCAUCACCACUGUGAAAUGUAAAAUGUGAGAUCCACCACGGGCUUCCACCCGCCAUCGCUAGUGCCAUCUGCUGUCAGAUAAUCAUAUUACAACUUGUCCAGUAUUAUUCAAUGAACCAAAGUCUACUGACAUUCUCUCUUUGAUAAUUAAUCAUUGAUGAUAUUGCUACAAAACUAAAAAAGAAUAACAUAUAGCAGUAGUUCACAGUGGAAAAUUCUACAAAAACACGUAGACUAUCACUUAAGGUAGUGAAUAAUGUCAAUUAAGUCAAAAUUAUAGCACAUAUUUAUACGUCCAUGUAUGUGUAUUCAGGUAUUAGUAUAGCAUUUUAAAUUAAAUAACCGGUUAAUGUUUAUCAAAUACUAUUAUAAUAAAAAAUCAAAAUCGUUUUAUUUCACAAAUGAGUCUCAAUAACCAACACGUAUAUAAAUCUGUUAUCUGUGCAAGUUUGCUUACUGAAACCAAUUUUUUUACGCAAAUACUAAUGGUUAUUUGAUGAUAAUUUUGUUAAGUUUUAUAAGCUCGGCUAGUUGAAGAAUGAGAGAUGGUUAUUUGAAUAUUUGUUGUGCAUAAGAAAAUUGUCUGCUGGGAGAUGAAUGUAGUUCUGCUGUAAUAAAAGGUCUCCAUGAUCCGGAUUUUUUAUGCGCCCGGAUCGAUAGAUCGGGGGCGCAUAUUGUUUUUGUCCUGUCUGUCUGUUUGUCUGUCUGUUGUCAACUUUAACCUUCGCCAUAACUUUUGAACCAUGAGAGAUAGAGACUUCAUAUUUGGUACGCAUACUCCACUAAUUAAGCUCUUUCAAAUGACACUAAGGUCAAUGACCUUGUGACCUUGACUGUGACCUAUAUGCUAAAAAUAGCUUUUUCGAACUUUGUUGCUGCCGGGUGCAUAGUGUUUCACAAACACAUCUUGUU